AGAAAUGGGUCUUUCACAAAAACCGAAAGCAGCCUGUUUUCUCCAGAGGUGCGCGCGCCUGCGGGGGCGUCCGGGGAGAGGAAGGGGUGCCAGCAGUUGAGCGGAUUCCUCCCCUCCCCCUGCCCCGUGACGUGGCGCGGUGUAGGCGUAGAGCAGGGCCGCGCUGUGGCUGCGGCACCCUCUCUUCCAGUCGCCCUAGCAUGGCGUCCGUGGUCAGUCCCUCCUUCGCUGCGAUGUGCGGGGGCCGGCGGCCGCUCUGAGGGACAUGGGUCGGCGAUGGAUGCCGUCGACAUCAGCCAAUUCUCGGAGGAAGAGCAAAGGAUACUGCGGAACGUCUUCGCCCGAGCACAAGAUGAAGAGGAACGGGACAAGAACAAGUUCAGGGAAGAGCAAGAAAGAAUCCGACUCCUGGAAGCAGCUGUCGAAAAUCUCCGUCAGAAAGCAGGCGUCGAUCUCGAGUCUACUUGCAAUAUUUGCUUCAAGACCAAGUUUGCGGACGGUAUCGGUCACAUUUGUAGCCAGUGUGGGAAGCGUUGCUGUGCCAGGUGCGGCGUGAAAGUGCCAUUGCGUCUCAACAAGAUCUGGCUGUGCAUCCUGUGCCGUAAGAACAAGGAGCUGGCCAUCAAGUUCGGAAAUUGGGCCUUGAAGAAAGACUCUGUUUCUCAGUCCCAGAAAACAUGGGGGAGAUCCAAAAGCCUGGAAGAAGAGGCAAACACGGAACGCCAGAGCCCCAUUCCUCUCCUCAAAAGACAUUUUACUUCUAACCUCAAUAUCGCUAACACAUCACUUUCCUUCUGGAGCGACGAGAAGAAGCAACAACCUGCUGCCAGACCGGAUCCACUCCCCCCACACCGUGAAGACCCUCUCCUCUCCUCUCCCGCUCCGCCGCACUCGCGCGCUGAACCCAGCGACGGAUCUGGGCUCCAGAGAAGAUACACCCGACGACGUUCUUCCCUGGACACCAUCCGGAACGACUCCUUGAGCUCCGACCAGUCGGAGAAUCCUCCCGCCGCUCCUAGACCCAAACCUAAGAAAGGUAACGGGCACCGAUACAGGAGAUCCGGUAGCAGCGAGUCUGAAGACGACGCCAGGUCCUCUCCCUCGUCCUGCCAGGAUUCGGAGAGUGACAGAGUAGAUUUUGGACGUUUUGGAUUUAGAUGCCUAAAUAAGAGAGCGGCGAAUUCAGCAUACUCCUCUGGUGUUCUAAAAUCCAUGCUACACCACCACAGUCUGGAGUUGGAAUCAAAGUUUAAAAAAAAUUCUGGCAUAAUCUCUAUGCGGAAGGAGAAGCCGUCGAUCAGACCCCAAGAAACCCGGUGGCGGAGCCAGGAGGACUAUCAACACACCCCUUCGCACAACGUUUAUUGGAAAAUUUCGCCAGACGGCAGAAGGUAUCUAGGAUAUAUAACCUUACGAAAGGAGCUUAAACAAACUCAUGAGGGUAGCAGAAGAGAAAAUUUGGGAAUGAGAGUCAUCGGUGGCCAUGUGGUCGAUGACGAUGGCACCAUUGGAGCUUUAGUCGAAGAUACUAUGAAAGGAAGUUUAGCCGACAGAGUAGGGAGAAUAUUGCCUAACGACGAAGUGCUCGAGUGGAAUAAAAUUAAAUUUCGUGGUUUGAGUAGAGACGAAGUUCAUCAGAUUAUAUUACUUUCUAAGGAAGAUCCUCAAGUGCAACUCAUAGUAUCAAGGCCUAUCGGAGGUACUGUUCCAAGUCCCCUCCGCGAUUCUUUAGACGGCAGGAGACCCCCACGCCACAUGGAAGUCCAUCCGGAGGCCAUGCCAAGAGAAGUGAGAAGAUUACCGCCACCCCACCUUGAAGUUUAUCCCGAGCCUAUGCACAGAAGCAUGAUGCAAGACCCUCGUUCCACGAGAUUUUCUGGUCGACACGCCCCUCGCCGCUCCGUAGCGCCUUCAGUGGCUACAAUAGGUGGAAAAAUAAAGGUGCGAUACUGGUAUGACCCCGCCGAACAGAAACUCCAUGGGACGGUCGAAUGCGCGCAGGACUUGCCUCAGCGACCUGAUGGCUCGCCUAGAUGGCCCUAUGUAAAAAUUUUCCUCCUCCCGGAAGAAUGGGGUAAUUGCCGCACGCGUUCUAAAUGCAUUGCUGGAACGAAUAAUCCUCAGUGGAAUAUUGGCUUUUCCUUCAACAUCGGACAGUCAGAGCUUAGACACCGAACCUUGCAGAUCAACGUCUGGGAUUACAAAGACGAGAAGACUGGAGGUUGUAACGACUUUCUUGGGGAAGUACAGAUUCCUCUCCGUGGCGGCGUGUACUCAGAAUCCCGGUGGUAUAAUCUUACGAUGCACCGUGAGACACCAAAAAUCACCCGUUCUCCUCCUAUUUCCCCUAGUGCCAGCAGAAUGUCCGACGAAGACUUGUCCGACUUCGAUGAUAAGUUUUCUGAGCAUACUGAGCGUCGCAUCAUGGCUGUCGAUAGUAGCCCUCCCUUCUAUGAAGAGGAUAGGCGACGCCAAUCGAACAUCCCUUUCGCUUCUCAAGCAAUGAUGACCUCUCCCAUGGGCGAAAGGUCCAGGUCUUUAACAGCACCAUCCCCUACGUCAGAAUAUUCUCGUGGCAGGAUGAGAGAACCUGGGUAUGGAGACAGGCGGCGGUCGAGGUCCAUGGCAGACCACCCCCCUAGACACAUGCCCAGUCAUGGUUCUAGAUCAGUAUCUCCACCACAAUACAGGUCCGAAUUUCACCCCAUCCCCCGAGUAGCUUCAUCCCAGCGUUUGCCGCCCCCUCAGAAUAGUCUGAGGAAAAGACAAUUGCCACAGGUGCCCUUGAGCAGAAGCGAAUUCCAAGAAAGGUUUUAUCUUGGAAGGAAUUCUGUCACAGGUUCUACUACAGGUUCUUUUGGGAGUGAAUAUGACCGUUUCUCGGCACCACGAAGAGGUGGUGGUUCGAGGAUGGCAGCAGCCCUAGGCGUGAGUGCCUCCAGUCCCCUGGUCAGUCCUGAUAGGAGCGAUUCCGAGUCCAGUUCUAAGUUCAACCUCAGCAGUGCCUUCCACAGGAACAGUCGCACCUUCGAGGAAUUUCGGGGUCGCUCUUCAGAUUAUGGAGGCCCCGUUCAUCCGUCGUCUCGAGAAAUUGACGGCAGUCUGUCGGAUACUGCUGUUGGCCUGAUGGACAAAGCCAAAGUGAGCGUCCAUCGGUCUUCUAACUUGGACAGUGCAAAUAGGAGUCCAUACCUCUCCAAAAAGAGCAGAAGUACCAGCCAGCUUAGUGGAACAGGGCACAAGAAGCUCCCUUUCUUCCGGCGGAGCAACGGAUCUUCGUCCUCUCUUGUGGUGCAGCGGAGCGAAGAGAUCCUACCGGAUGUCCGGGCGGGCAGCAGCAUUUCGUCCGACGGCAGCAUAAGCGGGGACAGCCUGACAUGGGGAUCGCGUCUCCCCCCGGAAGUCGGGGAAGCUUCGAGUUUCGUGGAAGGCCUAGGACCAGGGCAGUUAGUGGGGAGGCAGGCGCUUGCCUCCCCCUCCCUCGGUGAAGUGCAGUUGGGUAUCAACGAGAAAAGGAACUGUCUGGAAGUCGAAGUGAUAAGAGCCAGAGGAUUGAUGUCGAAGAAUCCAAAGGUCUUGCCAGCACCCUACGUAAAAGUAUAUUUGCUGGAUGGCCGAAAAUGUAUAGCGAAGCAGAAGACGUCACUUGCUCGUCGAACGUUAGAACCCUUGUAUCAAGAAAUUUUGACGUUUUCAGAUGUUGAAUUCCGUCACUGUUAUCUUCAAGUGACAGUGUGGGGGAAUUACAGCAGCAUGGAACGGAAAGUGUUCAUGGGCGUGGUGCAGAUAGUUCUGGACGACAUCGACACUGUGAAAGGUGUGAUCGCGUGGUACAGGCUCUUCCACCAUUCGUCGCUGGUGAGCAGCCUCACCGCCAACGAUCGCAGCUCGUUCUUGUCCCUGGACAGCUUCGGUUGAAGGAACUGCCUCACUCUGUAAACGUCACUCACUUACUCUGCGACAAAGGAGGACAUCAAGCAAGUGGAUGAGAACUUCCCCCCUGCCCUCGUUGCCUUUUCCAGACGGUCGGCCGUUGAAAAAUCUUCAUAUUUUUCGCUUUUCGAACGAAGAACUAUUCUUCUCGUUUCUUGCACUCGGUCGAGGGGGCGCUAACCUCGCGGAGAACAACUAAGCUCUCUCUCUACGAUCGCUACUUCGAUCUCUUUCCUCUCCGAACUGUCAACUUUUUUCGACUUUCGUAUUUUUCAAUAAAAACAAAUAAUCCGACAAAAAAAAGUGGUAAAAAAAUGUCAUGUAAAUAUUUCUCAUUUUAUCACUCCAGUCCCUGCUUAUGGUGUGUUCACGCCUUUGUAAAUGUUUCGGGCCUGUGGGUGUUGUUUCUCGUAUUUAAGUAUUAUUUUAACUGCCAUAAUUUAACAUUAAAAAAAGACACAAUUCAGUGAAAAAUGAUUUCUCUAAAUCCUGAAUGCUAAAUAUAUUUUUUUAAUUUUAAAUUAAAAAUGUAUGAUGAUAAAUAUUUGCUGUUAAUGUUCACAAUUGAUUAAUAUCACAGAUAUAAAAAUUCUAAACUGUAUGCGUAAUAUAAUUCGCUAUUAAAUGACAAAAUUGCACAGAAAUAAAUAAUUGUUCAAUCACUAUUUGCUUUUGCGAAUUAUUAAUUUUAUAUGUGCAAUUGCAAUUACAUUCCAUUGCGCAAAGCUAUCUGUCACUCAAACUUCAUUGCUUUCUUCUUUUCAAAUGUAUAUAAUUCUGUAUCAUAUAUAUGAUAAAAUAAAUACUCUAUAUUCCUUUAUUAUAAUAUAUAUAUAUAUAUAUAUAUAUAUAUAUAUAUAUAUAUAUAUAUAUAUAUAUAUAUAUAUAUACGUAACAUCACCAAGAAAGCAAUCCCAUCCAUAAUUCAUUAUUUCAAAAUACACAGUGCCUCCAGCGAGAAUCUCGAAGAACACGUUUUUGGUCUUCGAGAUAGUCACGAAUGCAGAAUAGGAAAAAGGCGUGUGAUAUUGCACCAGCCCUUUCAACUUCUUUAAUGAAGGAUUAGCAAAACUUCACACAUGAUAAAUUAAUUAAAAUCUUUAGACAUAUGUUGUUUUUCUCUAAACUUGUUGCAAAAUAUUUGAUUCUAUUUCUAUCUAAAAAUAAGAAUUUGUCCAAUAAAAGAACAUUUAAAAACUUUAAAUAAAAAAACAAAUUAAUUCAUCAAAAAAUAUUGUCAAAAUGAAAACCCCGACAUUGCCAAUGCGUGUUUUAUAUACGUCUUUUCAUAUAAAUAUCUAUUCUCUCGUAAAUAACAGCUGGAAUUACCUAACUGUGAUAUUUCUCUGUCAGAUUCGAAACACCCACAGGAAGAAACAUUCACAGAGGGGCACAUGCGGAAGUGCGUUCUUCUAAUGUCCUUACUGCCAUUGUUAACAGUCAAAUAUCUAUGAAAGACAUGACAGCUUUCAACUUGUUUCUCAAAAGAAGUGAUAAUAUCUCAUCCUUGCACUUUCUUUCCUUGCAAAUAUGGCUCAAGUUUGCAAAGGUAUUCGAGUCGGCACUCUUAUUUUUCUAUAGUAGUGUCGAUAUGGAAUUAGAAUUUUGUGUCGACUGUGAGCUCAAUGAAAAGAAAAAUUAUCAUAUCGUUUCAGUUCAGAGUUGAAAAAUAAUACUACGUUUAUAAUUAUGACUUCUUUCAUGUGAGAAAGGGAAAUAUAUAAGUUUUUAUACUGGUGCUAGAAGUGGAUAGAGUGAAUUUUGUAAAGAAUGCCCUAUUUUUCGUUUCUUUUUUUAAAAAUUAUGUAUCUAAUAGAAUGUAAAUGAAAUCAAAACAAUUUGUGAAAUGGUGAUGGUGUUUUCUAAUUUUAUUAAAUUCAUUUGUUUUUAUUAUAUUAGAAUUGUUUUUAAAUUGAAUUAGCACUUCAGAUUCUUUUUUCGAUUUGAAUAAAAGAAAAAUUUCUUUUC